AAGCAGAAUACACGAUACGAUUGAAUCAGAUUGACUGGAAUCGAGCCAAUAGCCACCGUGGCUCGAUUAAUUGUGAUUUAAAAAAUGCAGUGAUGUUUUAUAUGCACUCGUCUCAUCGUCAAUAUAAACAAUUAUUUAACACUGUUAACUGAAUUGUUGAUCAACGAAAUUUAUUGUAGACUGUCUCUACAAAAUUCCAUUAUCAAAAAGUAUAUAAACAUAACCUACAAUAAUGAACAAUAUGAUUGAUUGACAACUUUAAAAAUUGUCUGUAACCGAAGAAAAAAUAAGUUCUAAAAUGAAGUAUUCUACGUCGCCACGGGUAAGUAGGCGUAACUCUCCUGGUCCAUCUGAAUUAAGUUCAAGUUUACCAAUGCCAGUAACUUACAGGCAAGACUGCAUGGGGGCUGCAACAAAGUGUUACAAAUACUUGAGGAAAUUAUUAAAAUUUGAACAAAUGGAUUUUGAAUUUGCCUUAUGGCAGAUGAUUUUUUUAUUCAUAUCUCCACAGAAAGUAUACAGAAAUUUUCAAAGUAGAAAACAAACAAAAUCCCAGUUUGCAAGAGACGAUCCUGCAUUCUUGGUACUACUAAUGUGUUGUCUGUGUAUAUCUUCUAUUGGUUUUACUAUAGUUCUGGGAUUAGGAUUUUUCCAAUUCGUAAAACUACUAUUUUAUAUGAUAUUUAUUGAUUACCUUGCAGCUGGUCUGAUAGUAGCUACAAUAUUUUGGUUUAUAACUAAUCGUUAUUUAAGAUUUGAUAAAACUCAAAAUGUAGAAUGGGGUUAUGCAUUUGAUAUUCAUUUAAAUGCUUUCUUCCCACCUUUAAUCAUACUUCAUAUUGUUCAACUUUUUUUUUAUGGUCUCAUAAAUUACGAUACAUUUUCAUCACGAUUUGUUGGUAAUACGAUAUGGUUAAUAGCUGUUGGUUAUUAUAUUAACAUUACAUUUUUGGGCUACACAAGUAUUGAAAUACUUCAUAAGACACAUGUAAUAUUAUCAGCAUUACCAAUAAUAUUACUAAUAUAUAUUAUGACAUUAUGCGCAGGUAUUAAUAUUAGUCAUUUAGUUAUGGAGUUCUAUCAUUAUCGAGUUGUCUAAAUAAAGUUUAUUUUACCACAAAAA